AUGGGCGCCGAUGCGGCGGGGCUGGACGUGGCGAGGGCCAAGCGGAGGCGGGUGCUGGCGGCCAAGACCAGAGGGGGCAGGCCGCGGCAAGCGAGGAGACGUGCGCAGCCGCAGCCGCCGACGGCGCUGCAGCGUCUCUUCCGGGCCUGCCGCGCCGUCUUCAGGGGCCCCGGCACCGUGCCCGCGCCACACGAGGUCGCCCUGCUCCGGGCCAUGCUCGACGGAAUGAGGCCAGAGGACGUCGGCCUGAGCCCAGGCAUGAGGUUCUUCAGGACUAUAGAUAAUGCGGCCCCAGGGAACCCAACCAUCACACACACCACCAUAUACGAAUCUGACAAUUUCUCAAUGGUCAUCUUGUACCUGCCGCAAAAUGCGGUCAUCCCUCUACACAAUCACCCCGGGAUGACCGUGUUCAGCAAGCUGCUCAUAGGAUCGAUGCACAUAAAGUCGUAUGACUCGACUGAUCCCGAUGAUCUAGCCGUGUUAGACUCCGGCUCAUCGCCCGACGAUCAACUGAGGUUGGCGGAGCUGGUCGUGGAUGAUCUCUUCACCGCUCCGUGCGACACGUCGGUCCUCUACCCGACGGCGGGAGGCAAUAUGCACCGGUUCACGGCCAUCGCGCCAUGCGCCAUCCUCGACAUCCUUGGCCCCCCUUACUCCAUAGAGGAACGGGAUUGCACCUACUACGCGGAUGUCCCCUACUCCUCCCAUCAUCUCAGGACACUGACCAGCAAUGAGCAAGAAGGCCGGCGCCUCGCGUGGCUGAAAGAGGUUGAGCAACUCAAACCCCAACUCAAACAAGAUGAUGUCAGAAUCGUUUGCCGUGUGACUAUAGCAGCAAAGCUAGCUGCUUCAGCCGUGAGCAUAGGUUUCAGUUUGUGCAUGAUGUCUCAGUGAGUGAUGGCAGUUUAUCAUGUAAGAGUGCUUGCCUGCCUGCUUUUGCAGCAGCUGUG